CAACGACUGGCCGGACCAACCACAACGACUGUUCGCCGGCCCCGACUUUCCCAAUCGCGUAAAUAAUCUCGCACUUUAGCAUCCUCACGCCGGCACUGAUGAUCUAUCUCCGCACUCGUGUGCCGCAUACCUCGAGCUUGAUUCUCUGGGUGGCUGUGAGCCUGUCUGUCUCGAAUAGAGAGACGCAGCUCAUCGAUAGAUCGGCCUUGACGGAGGUAGACGCGCCGCCCUCGUGUCUCUUGAGCACGGAGAUUACACUUAUCCUACAAAACCAUAAGCUUCCAUUUGACAAGUUGAAGGAUGCAUACACAGACAUCAAUGAACUCACUGGUGCAUGCACUAUCUCUGUAGCAUACGGAGAUAAUCACGACCCAAAUCCCGUUACAGUGUCUCCGAAGGCAGCAGUCUGCAUCGGCCGUACUACUCAUGGCCGGCCAUCACCAUGAGCAGCAAGUGUUCAUAAAGGCCGGCUUGCGUCGUCGUCUCAAAGGGCCACAAAACACAUACUCAGUAC